AUGGACAAGACCAUGCGGACACAGCUCAGGCGGAGACAAAUGGACGAUCUACUAGAUUUGAGGAAAUUGAAAGAUUGGGAUUUAAUCGAUAUACAGACGAAGAUGAGGGAGAUAGGGAGAGGGUCAUUCAUGUCAGACCGGACGUUAACGCCAUUGGAGAAGAGCCAGAUCCCCAAGGAACGAACGUCAUAUCUUAAAUCUCCGUACUGGUGGACCGGCAUAAUUCUUAUGACUAUCGGAGAAGCCGGUAAUUUCCUUGCAUAUGGAUUUGCACCUGCAUCUAUCGUUUCACCUCUAGGGGUCGUGGCGCUGAUUUCAAAUUGCCUCAUUGCUCCAUUCAUGCUUAAAGAGACUUUCCGCCAACGAGAUCUGCUUGGGGUGCUGGUUUCCAUUGCGGGCGCAGUUACAAUUGUACUCAGUGCUAAAACCUCGGAAACCAAAAUAGGCCCUGGUGAGAUUUGGGGCAUGAUAACGACGUGGGAGUUUGAAUUAUACCUUGGACUCACAAUUGCAUUGAUCCUGGUGUUGAUGUGGGCUAGCUACAAGUAUGGGAGAAAAUCUAUCCUAAUUGAUUUGGGUUUGGUUGGAUUGUUCGGCGGAUAUACUGCUUUGUCGACAAAGGGCGUUGCGUCCUUGCUGUCAUUCACUUUAUGGCACGUCAUUACGUUCCCUAUCACGUACGCCCUGGUGGCCAUACUUGUUUUCAGUGCUGUGAUGCAGAUACGAUACAUCAAUCGUGCUUUGCAAAGAUUCGAUUCCACCCAAGUUAUCCCUACCCAGUUUGUAUUAUUUACCAUUUCAGUGAUUCUUGGGAGCGCUGUCCUCUACCGGGAUUUCGAGUCGACCUCCCCUGCACGGGCAGAGAAAUUCGUUGGAGGCUGUUCACUCACGUUCCUUGGAGUCUAUCUUAUAACUAGUGGUAGAAGCCGGGCAGAUGAGUCCGAUUCCGAAUCGGAAAGUGACGAGGAGGCAAUUGGUCUUCUCGAUGGAGAUCGAUACCGCGAUAGUAUUGAUUGGCAGCCCGAAAGAAGGCAGCGACGGGCAGAGCAAUCGCUGGAAGGGACCGUUGGUCCCGCUGUUCAAGCUACCGACCAUCGUCCCCGCUCACAUAUGAGUGAUGAAGACAAUCAUUCUAAAGACGGCGGAGUGCAAACCCCGCGAGCUCCAUUGUCUAGUGGUCCUUCCUCUUCCGUGCCAUCAAUUUCUGGCGUCUCCUUAUUAUCAACAUCCUCAGCAUCUCCUGUCACAAGCCCCAAGCCACUCUUGACCGAAAACCCAUGGGAAACAACCUCUGCGGACCAUGGCGAAUCAGCAAUUGUCUCUGGGCCGCAAACACCUACCCACAUGUACACUCCUCCAACUCAGGUACUUCUCCAAUUCCCUUCUGCUCCAGGGGUUGCUGGAUCCCACGCGGUUACCAACCAACAAAUUCGCCCGCAUACCCCUCCGCAGGCUCCACCAUCAAGAGCAAAGACGCCUCCCACAACAGGUCGCGAAUUUACAUCAUCUCGAACACCGAACACAGGAUCACGAAGCUCGUCUUCAAAGCGUUUCCCUCCUGGACCAAUACUGCAGCCUUUCUCAGGGACCCUGAGCGCUGUUAUUGCAGAUUCUCUACUCAGGGAAGGCUCCCCUCGUAGCCACCGCGAACGGGCCCUGUCGAAAACGAAGCGAGAGGGCAAGAAAAGAGCAUCCAUCCCAUAUGCUUCCAACGAAGGCGCAGCGACAAGGUAUAACCAAGAAGGGACUUCGCUGGAAACCGAGUUCGAGACCAACCUCAAUGCAACAGAAGCUGAGGAGGACGAACUUUUGCGCAUAGCUAACCGCGCAAGCCUAUCCCUCACCGGUUCAACCAGCACAAACCAAACCAGUACGCAAGACAGGAUCCCAAACCUAGCCGCUUCACCGCUCCUGAAGAAGCAAAAUGAUUCUCGGACCCGGAGUCUUAGCGACUCGUGGAGGGACGGGCUGGGCUGGCUUAGCAGCAGUAUCCGGGGGAAUCCAAAAAAUAAGCAGAAAAGGGAGGCUGGACUUUCGGCUGCUGCUCCUGACGAGAAUGGAGACUAA